AUGGGGAAGAAAGGUUUCAACCGCCGGAGGGGCGGCGGCGGCGGCGGCGGCGGCCGCGCGGCGGCGCAGACGGAGGCGGAGCAGUACGCGGAGCUCCUCGAGCUCCUGAGGCGGCACAACGAAUCGUCCGAGGCGGAGCGGCGACGCGCGAAGAAUCGAUCGCGAUCGGUCCUCGCGCUCGCGCUCGCGCUCGCGCAGGUGAUCCUCGGGAUGUUCCUCCUCGCCGCGGAGCAGCUCUUCCCGAAGAAGGAGACGUACGAGCGCAGGCGAGGGCGGACGAUGCCGGAGACGACGACCGAGGAGGCGCGCGGACGCGGCGCGGACGGCGGCGACGCGUCGUCCUCGGGGGCGGGGGCGGGAGGGCCAGAUCCGAACGCCGAGACGGACGAGCCGUCGAUCAAGGUCGCGAGCGACCCGUUCGAGGUCCUGGAGUUGGACGCCACCACCGCGACCAAGGCGGACGUCACGAGGGCGUACAGGAAGCUCGUCGCGAGGUGGCACCCGGACAAGAACGGGCAGAGCGCGGAGAGCGUCGCGAUGACGCAAGCCAUCAACGCGGCGCGCGCGCAGUGCGUGAAGAAGCUAGAGGGGGGCGUGGAGCGCGACGACGGCGACGAAAACGCGGCCGGCACCGCGGAACGCGGUGACGACGACGACGCGACGGACAGCGACGACGACGUCGGCGGCGCGGACCACGAGGAGAAAGCGAGGCGACGCGCGGAGCGGGCGUACAGGAAAGAGUUGGAGAGGGCGGAGCGCGAAUACGCGCGACGGAGGAAAGAGGAACGGAGACGCGUGAGGGAAGAGGCGCGCAAACCCGGGGGGCGGUACCGGCGACAGAAGGCGGCGCACGAGCACGCGCGGAGAGAGAGCGCGAAACGCGAGGCGGAGGAAGGGGGCGGCGCGGGCGCGGAGGGCGAGGGGGACGCCGCGAACGCGAACGCGAACGCGAACGCGACGCGCGUCAACAGGAAGAAGAAUAAGAAGAACAAAAAAGACAAGAGCGGUCGAUACAGGGCCGACUCGGACGACGACGGCGACGAGGCCGGCGGCGACGGCGAGGGCGGCGCGCUCCCGCCCGGCGCGCCGAAACCCCACCAUCUUCGCAUGGAGCGGUGCGCGCACGACGUCGCGUGCGCGAUCCGCGCGGGCGCGAACCUGACGCUCUACGAACUCCUUCAGUUCGCGUUCCCGCCGCUCCUCGAGGUGGACGAAGACGGCAACACGCCGAUGCACUACGCCGCGCGUUUCGACCCCGCGCUCGUGGACGUGAUCCUCACCGUCGUCGGCGACGAGUGGACGCGCGCGGUCUUGAUCGAGAACAACCACGGAGAGAAGCCGGUCGACGCGCUGUCGCCGGAGACGGAGGACGUCACCGCGGAGACGGCGGCGGCGGCGGACCGAGGAAAAGACAAAGACGACGGCACCUCGCCCGCCGCGCGCGAGGCGCGAGAGCGCUUUAGAGAGGAGGCCGCGGCCAACGCGGAGCUCAGUCGCCGCGGCGCCGCGCGGCUGCGGCAGCUCACGGCGCACGCGAUGGACAAGGAGGAGGCGAGGAAGCGCGCGGAGCGUCGGACGUUUGACGCGUUCGGUUUCGGCCGCCUCAGCGUCGUGAUCGGCGGCGCGUGCGUCGUCGCGCGCGUCGUCUUGUGGACGAACGUGUGGUUCAGAUGGUGGUUCGCCAUCGGCGGGGGUCUCGGCGUGCUCGUCUGGGGGCUCGCGCACUUUGGCGUGAAGGACAUGAAGGACGCGGCGGAGGAGGGCGGCGAGGACGCGGGGGCGGCGGCGGCGGCCGGGGGCGGCGGCGGCGCGCACCCGCACGAGGAAUGA